AUGUACCGGAGCGACUGGUUUCCCUGUGUGGAUGAAACUGGUCAGGUAUUCAGGAAUUCAAAGCCCGGUUCCUGUGGCAGAGCUGCACGAAAGAAUCGUCAAAUCGUUCCUGAUGGAGCAGAACUGGAUGACUACUUUGCGAAAUUCUUUCCUCAUGGAUUCAUUCAUCACGUGACAACACCUGAAAUACGAGCCAGACAACACUUGCAUACUAGUAAAUUCCAGGGAAUCGAUCCACAAUGGGAUCAAGUCUCGAUGAAAAAGGCAGCUAGUGAGUUUGAGGUACCUGUGGACACACAAAUCCUCAUUUGUUGGCCCGACGUAUUUCACCGCGAUAUUCUUCUGAAAUUCCCAGAAUACCGCCGUCAAGACUCCAGUAGUGGGAGGAUUGGUGUCUUGACUCCUUGUCCUUGGUGCAAAACAAACAAAUUUGUCGUUUAUGUGGAAAAGACUGGUCUCAAUAAGAAAACGACAAGGACCGUUUGGGGAUCCCGAUCCAGAAUUCCCAUUGUUGGACCAGAUAUGCGCAGCAAUCCGAAUGUGGUGGAAAUCCAAAAAGGAUGGGACAAGGGCCAAAGACCCAGCAAUGCAGACAAAGAAGGUAUCCAUUAUUUCAGUCUCACUGAGCAUUUCGACUUGUCCAUCUAUCUUCAAAAGAAGGCUCAAGGAUCAGUAGAGUAUAUUACGCUGAUAUCACUCACCA